AUGGUUCUGUUUCUUUUUCGUUUCAUCCACAUCUUUAAUUUGUUUCAACCCCACCAUCAUCACGAUCAUCAAAAACUAUCUGGAAGCAGUCCUGUUUCAGCUGUGGUAACUCGUGAAUUCCUUGUGGUCAGAAACUUCAAGGACAUUGAUGAGAGGAAAGAUUUGCAGGAAAGUUGUGCAGUCUGCUUGAAUGAGUUCGAGGGUGAUGACAAGCUUAGAUGCUUGAUAAAUUGUACGCAUGAUUUCCAUCAGGGUUGUUUGGAUCGUUGGAUGGAUCAUGUUCAAGACCAUUCUGCAGCCCCAAGCAAUUUUUCUGGUGACACAUUCAAGCCUCAAACUGCAUAUAUUUUGGUCAUAUUUUAA